CACAGUACGUACGCGAGCGUUCACGGAGUGUCAUCUCGUUCGUGUCGGCUUCGCCUCUAUCGAGACGAGAAGUUUUCUUCUGCGUAUUCGCACGGGUCUCUGCAAUCUCACCGGACGCGUCGCCGGUACACCUCCGUGUUCUCACGGUGGAUCCGCGAUCGAAUCGUCCACGAUCCCAUCACGAUCGCGUCCGCGUACCUCGACUCACGAUUCGAAAAGCGCGGUUCCAACGGCAGCCUUUACACUCUCGUCGUGCGGCAAGUGCAUCGCAUCGGGAGAGAGAACACGAGAACUGAUUCUCCGCGGUUGUCCGUCGUGUGCCCAGUGAUACGUACACAUACACACACACACACACACUCGUCAUACAUACACACACGGCCGGCCGAGUAAAACAUGUAAACAAUAACGCACCGUUGGAAAGUUAACGGACGAAAACAAAGAGAAAGCAUAGCCGAUAUCUGCACGCCGCGACUCGGUGCGAGAGGUAACUGCGAUCGGCUCGAUAUCACGGACGACGUUCGAUUCUCGAUCUGUCAGCCUCGGGAUCAACCGUCGAUGCGAAUCCUCGAUCGAUAUCGACUAUCGUAAGAAUGCGUGGCUGAAGCCAGGGGAGAGAAGUCCGAUCAUCGUCCUUCGUCCUUUAGUUUCUUUUCGUGCAUUCGAGCUACAGACGAUCCACGAAAGCCCCAGCCAGCCCCCAUCAAGAAUUCGACACGAAGAUGCGGCCCGUACUGACAACCUUCUUCCUCGUACCGUUGCUGCUCGUCGCGUGGCAAAACGGCGCGCAGGCCAACUGGUGGUACCUGGGAGUGGAGCCCCGGCUGAAUAGCGGAUCGGCCCAGGGCAGCAGCACCGACGGACAGGCACAGAUCGUCGGCGCGGGUGUGAUCGGCCCGGCGAGCGCCGAAAAGAACUGCAAGAGCGUGCACCUGACCGCCAAGCAGCAGGCGAUAUGCUCCCGCUCGCCACCCGUCCUGCAGGCAGUCAGCGCGGGCGCGAGAUUGGCCAUAGAGGAGUGUCAGCACCAGUUUAGAUCAGCCAGAUGGAAUUGUUCCAUCACCCCGGAAAAUCCGGAGAACGUUUUCGGCGGCGUGAUGCUAGUCAACAGUCGCGAGUCAGCGUUCGUGUAUGCAAUAUCAGCGGCGGGGGUGGCUUACAGCGUCACCAGGGCCUGCUCCAGGGGCGAGCUCACCGAUUGCUCCUGCGACAACCGGGUCAGGACACGCCGGCCGAAUAACUGGGAGUGGGGCGGUUGCAGCGAGGACAUACACUUCGGCGAGAAGUUUUCGCGAGAGUGGUCCGACGGCGGCGAGGAGCCGGUGAAAGACGGUGUCCUGCACGGGCCGAAAGGGCUGGCUGGCCAGCUGAUGAGGAAGCACGAUAGCGAAGCUGGCAGGCGCGCCGUCCGCUCGAGAAUGCAACGCGUGUGCAAGUGUCACGGUAUGUCGGGUUCGUGCAGCGUCCGCGUCUGCUGGAGACGACUGCCAGCGUUCAGGGUGGCCGGUGCGGCUCUGGCAGCGUUGCACGAAGGCGCAGCUCUGGUACGACUGGCGCAACGCGGCGGAAGAAGAGCGGCGAGACUGAGGCCAGCUCGUCCGGACCUGAAGCGACCGAACAAGACCGACCUUGUGUACCUCGAGGACAGUCCGGACUACUGCGAGAAAAACAUCACGCUCGGUAUCCCCGGCACGAGAGGAAGGAUAUGCAACCGGACGUCCCUCGGAUUGGACGGAUGUCGUCUUCUUUGCUGCGGCCGGGGCUACCAGACGCGAGUCCGCGACGUGACCGAGAAAUGCGGCUGCCGGUUCGUCUGGUGUUGCAACGUCGAGUGCGAGCUCUGCCGGCACACGCGCGAGGAGCACGUCUGCAAUUAGGUGGUGCAAUUGCAUUCCGGUCGGCCUACCGAAAGGUGCUUCACGACCCUCUGCGUCCAGGCAGAUAUCUUUCCGCGACGAUGAUUCCUCGGGAGGCUUCCCCCCCGCCCCUGAAACCCCCGCCGCCCUCCCGCCGCGCGACAAGACGCGAUCAAGAUCGCCGCGAGGAUCACCGGAGCCGGGUAGACCAACGCUUCUACCAACGCUGUUUUAAGUUAAAAGUUCAAACCAUAAGCCCGGCCUGGCCGGCCGGCCCCCUCCCAUCUCACGGGGGGUCGGCCACGGGGCCGUAAAACCGCCGCGAGAGGCUACAAAGUGUGACACGUUACGUUAGAACAUUCUGUACCUGACAGUCAGAGUGUCGUAAGUCCACUCUUCGGCAACGGUGACUUUACGCGUAGUUUUCAGACGGUUAGAGGAACAUAUCUUGGCAUACGGUCGUGCUCCGCGGGGCGGUCCCAACACGACCACCGAUCGUCUUCCUUGUUUCCGUUGCCAACGGACCCACGAGGUCGUCCUGGGUCGGACACCCUCCCAGGACACCCGGCCGAACAACGCCGGUUUCUCGGUUCGCCUGAGUCGCUUCACCGCGGAGCUCGGAAAUGCGCGCUUCUCGAAACCUUCGUUCGGAGAUUGUCAAAUUUGGCAACUACGGUAAUGUCUCUCUAAUUGACGCUCGGAUUGUCCACAAAAAUGGACGAUUUGGGAGGAGGCUACCG